AUGAAUAACAGUCAUGAAUCAUUUAAAAUAAUGCAUCUAUCAAUUGUUAAAUUAUUGGCACAACAACAAAGUAAGAAAGAAAAUUUACAUCGUAAUCUAUUAUUAUUACAAACAUUACAAAAAGCAAAACAUACAUUAUUCGAACAGUUAUUAUUCGAGGUAAAAACAAAUUUUAUCGAAACAUUACAACAACAACAACAACAACAACUUCGAUCAUCACCAACUCCAUUUAUAGUACCUAUAGAACAUCAACAACAACAUCGACGCAGAACAUCUCCGCGAAGAAUUCAUCAUCCACAACAACAAAAACAACCACCACCACCGCCACCACCACAACAACAACAAUUAACAUCAAAAAAUAUUGAAUUAUUAAAACAUUUAGCAUCAAAAACUUUAGAACACGGUUAUCAAAUUCGAAUUAAUGGUGCCAAUAUUGAAGAGCUUGAGAACAGUUUUCAACAACAGCAACAAUCAACAAUAAAUGAGAAUGAAUCUAUGUUAACAACAGUAAAUCAGGAAGAACAAACAACUGUAGAAUCAUCUGAUUUACGUUUACGUUUAAUGUCAUUAAUUAAAAUUCCUUCCAUACAAGUUAAACUACGUCAAUUGUUAUUAUCAACAUCAGAAGAAAGUCAAGAACAAGAUAAACGUUUAAGUGCCUUGCGAACAUUUUUAUUACAAAAUUUAGGAACGACAGAAAUAGAUCACGAACAAGAAGAUGGAGAAGAUGAAAUGAAUGUCGAUGUUAAUAAUAAUCAUCAAACACGAAAACGAAAUUAUUCAGAUGAAACACAAGAUUAUCAACGUCAAAAUGGUUCAAAACGUCUAUGUUUACAUCAUCAUCAUCAACAUCGUUUUCAAAUGGCUAUUUAA